CUGCAAACUACUAUAAAAGCGUGAAGAUGCGAGAUAAUUGAUAUCAGUCUCGAAUUUGCGUUUAUCAUAGCUUAACCUAGUCCCCAAGCCUUAGUGCUCCGUCAGCCAAAUAGCUUCAGCCAAAAUGUUCAAACUGGUUGUCAUCUCCGCCGUGCUCGCGCUAGCCGCCGCCCAAAACCCCCAGGAUGCCCAGGCCCAGGUCCUGGCCCAGGACUCCGUCGUGAACCCGGACGGCUCCUACCAGUACCGGUACGAAACCAGCAACGGAAUCUCGGCCCAGGAAAGCGGCGUCGGCGGCCAAUCGGCCCAGGGUAGCUACUCGUACACCGGCGAAGACGGCGUCCAGUACACCGUGAACUACGUCGCCGAUGAGAACGGCUUCCAGCCGCAGGGAGCUCAUCUGCCGGUGGACCAGCCCGCCCCGGAACACGUGCUACGCACCCUGGAGCUGAUCCGCGCCAACCCACCACGAGAUGACCCCAACUUCAGCUUGGACGCUUUGAACGCUGCCAUUGCCCGGCUGAGCGGCAAGAAAUAAGCUACGGAAUUCGAGGAAACCCCCGAACCCUGACAAAUACUCUUCCACAGACAAAACGGAAACAUAACCGUGCGAACGAAUACUCUAAGGUUCUUUUUAAAGCAUAUGACGUAGCGCCAUAUCUAUUGUAAAUAGUUUUACAUUGGACUUCCCUAGUUUUGUGUUUUCACAACUAGCACCACCCUAUUUGUUUUCUUUUUUUUAUUAUUUUGUAUCGUACUUUACCGAGUUCAGUUCAGAUCCUGGACCAAUUCCGUGCACAUUUUACGAAAAAUGGCCCCAAACUUGCAGAGAGAGUGAGAAAGGAGAGCUACUAACAUCGAGCGUGCUGUAAUUUUUUGUUUAGCGGUAAUUCUAUUCUGUGUAUAUAUCGAAGCAACGUGUCAUCGUUAUAGUCGUGAAAUAAAAGUGAAACUGGAAAGUUUUGAUCGAAA